AUGGACUCUGCUCCAAUCACCGCAGCUCGCAUCAACAAGUUCUCGGGAACGAACUUCCACACAUGGAAGUUCAAGAUGCAGAUGGUGCUGGAGGAGCGAGAUCUGUGGGACGUCGUGAGCGGCGAGGUCAAGCUCGAGAACUGCACCAGCAAUCUUGAUCAAGCAACGUUCAAGCGGAAGUCGCGAAAGGCGCUAGCUAUCAUCUGUCUCGCAAUGGAGGAUUCGCAGUUGCCACUGGUUCGCUCGGCGAAGGACGCGCAUGAUGCAUGGUCACGUCUGGAAGGACACUACGAGAAGAAGAGCUUGGCCAACAAGCUCUUCCUUCGUCGUCGCUUCUUCACGACAAUGAUGGGAGAAGGUGAUGACGUGCUUGAGCACAUCAACAGACUCAAGACUCUGGCGGAGCAGCUCGACGCAGUUGGUGCUCCGGUCAGCGAGGACGACUUGGUCAUCACGCUUCUAGCCAGCCUCAGCGAGUCGUAUCAGUUCCUGAUUACAGCAUUGGAGUCGAGAGCCGACUCCCUCACGUGGGAGCUAGUGACGUCUCGGCUGUUGCACGAAGACAUGAAGCGCAAGGAGCAAGGUGGCGGAAUUGAAGGAUCCGCGCACAGUCAAGCUCAAGCAUUCAUGUCUCGAGAUAACAAGCGCAAGGCUCGACCGAUGAAGAAGACCGGUGCGUGCCACAAGUGUGGAAAACAAGGACACUGGAUUGCGGAAUGCCCUUCGCGGAUCCAAGAAGACGCUGGUAGACAGAGGUUCCAGCGUGCGAAUAUCGCGCAAGAAGAAGAGCUUGGCGAUUAUCUUUUCUCGGUUGGUGGUGACAAGACCAAGUCGAGCAACAUGUGGCUGGUCGACUCGGGUGCGACGCAGCACAUGACAAAUUCAAAAAGGUUCAUGAGGAACUACAAGGAUUUUGGCCCUGUGGAUGUGCAUCUUGCUGAUGACGGUGUGGUCCAAGCAAUUGGAAAAGGUGACAUCGUUAUGUCAAUGAAGACUCACCGAGGGGUCAAGAAGGGUGUGCUCACGGAUGUGUGGCAUAUCCCAAAGUUGUCGCGCAACCUGUUUUCUGUUGGCCGAUUCAUCAAGGACGUUGGACCGGUCACAUUCGAGGUUGAUGGUUGCUUUGCUGAUACAAAGGGUAUCAAGUGGAAACUCGGCGAACUCGAAGGAAAAGGACUGUUCAAGCUCUGUAUGGUACCGGAACUGCCCGACGAGGUCAACGUGGCAAGCUCGAAUACCUGCAAAGCAAGCACCACCUCCUACCUCUGGCAUCUUCGACUUGGUCACAUUGGACACGGGGGACUAGAUGCUAUCGUCAAAAACGAUUGCUGCAACGGAAUCAACUUGACCUCGGUAAACAAGUGGGAGCUAUGUGAAGGGUGCGCUCUGGGCAAGCAAACACGGGUGAGCUAUAUGACGAAGUCACCCGAUCGCGCAACGACACUGCUGGAGGUCAUUCACAGCGAUGUAUGUGGGCCAAUGCACACUCCUACCUUCAGUGGCAAACGUUAUUUUGUGACGUUUAUCGACGAAUACUCGCACUAUUGUGUGGUGUAUCUGAUGCAAAACAAGUCUGAAGUUUUGACCAAGUUCGCUCAGUUUGUCGCGCUGGCGGAGACACAAACUGGCAAUCGCGUGAGGGUUCUUCGAAGCGACAACGGUGGAGAGUACACCUCCGGUAUGAUGACCAAGUUCUGUUCGGACCAUGGUGUUGUGCAGAAAUUCACACCACCUUACACUCCUCAAUUGAACGGUGUCGCCGAGCGAAUGAAUCGGACGUUGGUGGAAAGCGCGCGUUGCAUAAUGGAACAUGCUGCGAUGUCCAAGUCGUAUUGGGGUGAGGCGGUAAUGACCGCAAACUUCCUACGCAUUCGCUGUCCAACUCGAUCUACGGACCAUGGCAAGACACCAUACCAAGUAUGGACUGGCAAGAAACCUCUUCUUGCGAACUUGAAGGUUUUUGGUUGUCAUGCAUACGUUCAUGUGCCCAAGCCAAAAAGGUCCAAGCUAGACGCAAGAUCAGUUCAUUGCCGGUUCAUCGGGUACUCCGAUCAUGAGAAAGCGUAUCGUUUUAAGGAGAUCAGGAGCGGACGUGUGCUGGUAAGUCGCGACGCACAGUUCAUGGAGAACAUUUUCGAUAGUGGGAGACGUGACUACGUUCCAGAUGAAGCUGUCCUCGAAGAUGAACAGUUAUCUGAAGAAGAGUACACUUAUACCAACAACCCUGACACGGGACGAGAGGACACUACGCAGGAUAAUAACGAUGCGAUCAGGGGAAAGAGGCACCAACGCACGCAGUCGCUCGAAGCCUUAGCGAACCCUCCAGAGUCGAAAAGACCAAGUCGAUACCCCACCAUGGCUGAAAUGUCUGCGACAGCGCAUGACAGUCCCGACGUUGAGACGGCCUACAUCGUGGAUUCAGUGGGAGAAAUGCCGACAACGCUCAAGUCAGCAAUGGAAUCCAGCAAUGCAGUCCACUGGAAAGAGGCAUGCGAUUCUGAAAUAACUUCACUUCGCCAGAAUGCGACCUGGGAGCUUGUACCGCUACCAAAGGGGCGCAAGGCAAUCGGCAAUCGAUGGGUUUUUCAGGUCAAGGAAACCAAGGAUGGGACUAUCGAGCGGUUCAAAGCGCGUUUGGUGGCCAAAGGUUUUCUGCAGAAACAUGGCAUCGACUAUGAAGAAACUUUUGCUCCGGUGGCCAAGUUUACGUCAAUCAGGAUCUUACUCAGCUUGGCGGCAAAGCACAAUCUGAUGCUUCACCAGAUGGAUGUCAAGACAGCCUUCCUGAACGGAAACCUUGAUGAAGACAUCUACAUGACACAACCGGAUGGCUACGUUGAUGAAGAUCAUCCGGAGCUUGUUUGUCAUCUCAAGCGCUCUCUGUAUGUGUCUGAAGCAGUCACCACGAAUGUGGAACCAUACCAUCGACAAGUUUAUGCUGGACUUGAAAUUUCGAAAAUGCAAAACUGA